ACAGGAAACAGUGUUUUUGAGACUCUUCUUAAAAAGUCCAUUGGAGAAUUUGACAGAAGAGCUGUUCUCCAGACCAACUAAAAUGCCCAACUACACAGUGACUGUAGCCACAGGCACACAGUGGUUUGCUGGAACAGAUGACUACAUUUACCUGACCAUGGUUGGAUCUGAACACUGCAGUGAGAGAACUCUCCUGGAUAAACCCCUCUAUAAUGAUUUUGAGAGAGGAGCGGUGGACUCAUAUGACAUCAAUGUUGGAGAGGACCUGGGUGAAAUCGAGCUGAUCAAAAUCGAAAAGAAGAAAUACUGGAUGCACGAUGAUUGGUACUGCAAAUACAUCACGGUCAAGACACCACACGGGGAUUACAUUGAGUUUCCUUGCUUCCGCUGGUUUAAUGAUGACAAUGAGGUGAUCCUCAGAGAUGGCAGGGCUCGAUUGCCACAGCAAGAUAAGACCAGGACCGUGAAGCAGCACAGACGCAAAGAGCUGGAACAGAGACAGAAAACAUACAGAUGGAAGGAAUGGCACCCUGGCUUCCCUAUGAGUAUCGAUGCCAAAGCCCACAGUGAACUUCCACGCGACAUUCAGUUUGACAGCGAGAAAGGGGUCGACUUUGUUCUCAACUACAGCAAAGCGAUAGAGAACCUCUGCGUAAAUCAAUUCAUGCACAUGUUCCAGUCCUCAUGGACGGAUUUUGCUGAUUUUGAGCGAAUAUUUAUGAGAAUAAAGAACACAAUAUCAGAAUAUGUGAUGGAGCAUUGGAAGGAGGAUUUUAUGUUUGGAUACCAGUUCCUGAAUGGCUGUAAUCCUGUGGUCAUCACAAAAUGCACCGAGAUACCAGACAAGUUUCCAGUCACACAUGAGCUUUUGGAGGACAGCCUAGAGAGAGGUCUCACUCUUGAAGAAGAGCUCAAGGCAGGAAACAUCUACAUUGCUGACUAUGAGGUAGUAGAUGGAGUGACUCCCAAUUCUACGGACCCAUGCACUCUUCAGUAUUUGGCUGCACCCAUCUGCCUAUUGUACAAGAACAAUCAGAACAAAAUCAUGCCAAUUGCAAUUCAGUUGAGUCAAACUCCAGGGAAAGAUAGCCCAAUCUUCCUCCCAAGUGAUGAUGAGUAUGACUGGUUGCUGGCCAAGAUCUGGGUGAGAUCUUCGGACUUCCAUGUACACCAGACAGUUACGCAUCUCCUUAGGACACAUCUGAUAUCCGAGGUCUUUGGUGUAGCCUUGUACAGACAACUACCUGCAGUCCACCCUGUUUUUAAGUUGCUGUUACCUCACAUUCGUUUCACAAUUGCUAUUAACACCAAAGCUCGUGAGCAACUCAUAUGUGAGUGUGGACUCUUUGACAAGGCUAAUGGCACAGGUGGAGGAGGCCAUGUAGAACUAAUCCAGAAGUCCAUGAAGACCUUCACCUACAAGUCGCUGUGUUUCCCAGAGGGCAUAAAAGCUCGAGGCAUGGACAACAAGGAGGAACUGCCGACCUACUUCUACAGAGAUGAUGGCUGCAGAGUCUGGGAGGCUGUGACAAAUUUUGUGAGAGAUGUGGUGAACAUCUACUAUGACAGUGAUGACACACUUCAGAAAGAUGAGGAGAUUCAAGCCUUUGUUAAAGAUGUUUGCAGCUUUGGGAUGCAGGAUUUUGACUUUUGUGAGUUUCCCAAAGCUUUACAAACCAAAGAGCAGCUAGUGGAAUAUCUUACAGUGGUAAUAUUCACUGCCUCUGCACACCAUGCUGCGGUUAACUUUGGUCAGUAUGACUGGUGUUCGUGGAUUCCAAAUUCCCCUCCAACCAUGCGAAAGCCUCCUCCAACAAAAAAGGGAGAGGUGGAUCUGAAGUACAUAGUGGAGAGUCUGCCUGAUCGCGGCCGCUCCUGCUGGCAUCUAGGAGCCGUGUGGGCCCUUAGUCAGUUUCAAGAAAAUGAGCUGUUUUUAGGCAUGUAUGCUGAUGAGCAUUUCGUUGAGAAGCCAGUAAAGGAGGCCAUGGUGAAAUUUCGCAAGGAACUUGCAGAAGUUACCAAAGUCAUCAAGAACCGAAAUGAUGGCAAGAGGCUGCCAUACUACUAUCUGUCUCCAGACCGAAUCCCAAACAGUGUGGCUGUCUGACACACCAGGAUAAGAUGCUUUAACAGAGUUGAGAGUCAGGAUUCAUUCAUGAUUCAAUAGGAAUCAUUUUUAUGCAUCAUGGUUAAGUUUUCUCUUUUUCGUAUUUUAAUACAAGUGCAUGAUUCAUAAACUUUUUAUUUUAAAUAAAAAUAGUAUAUUUAACCUUUAAA